CCCAACCACCCCACUCCUCUUCUGUCUCUCUUUUUCUGGUCCUCCAGAACUCUUCCCUGGAUAUGAUAUGAUCCAUCUCUCUGCAAACUAAAUCCAACCGUUGGAUUCCCCCCACCCCCACCCCCUCCCCUUGUUCUCUUCUGCUCAAAUAAUGUAGACAUACGUGACAAAUUUACACUCUUCUUCUUCUUCUUUUUGUGGGUUAUCACUUAUCGUAAUUGCUCUGUUUUCCAUGGCUUCUGCAACCCAAAUCUUUGAAGAAGACGGCGAGGAGGUUAACGGAGACGGAGGAACCAAUGAAUUUAGACGGCAAGAGAUUCAAGCCGCCAUUGCUAAAGCUGUGGAGCUCAGAGCUCUUCACGCCGCCCUGGUGCAGGGUAAUAGCCCUGGAAAUCUCAGAUUUUCUUCUGCUUCCCCUGUUUCUCACCAUCUUCAUCCCCAGCUCUCUGCUCAAGAUUACCCUGUUUUCACACCAAGUUAUGAAGAUGAGCCAUUGCCAGGGUACAAGCAACUGCAGCUAGAAAAUCAAAACUAUUCUGAACUUUGGGAUGACUAUAACCUUGGAGGAGGGGGAAAUGGAAGUGGAACUGAAUCGGUUUUAAUGGACUAUCGAAAGACAAAUGCGUCUUUAAGAAAGGCAGUGGCUGCAACUUAUGGCAACAUAGAAUCGCCACACGUUUGUCCAGCCGAAGACCAGAAAUCUGUAACGGGUUCCUGUACUGACCAGAUUACAGUUCUUAGAGCCUCUCCAGGACCUGAAUUUAGCAGGUCGAGAAGAAAUAGUAUGGGGGACUUUAAAUCACUAUCGUCUUGUAACAAGUGCAAGCCCGCGAUUAUUAGUACUGAGAGCGAUGCAGCUAGCAAGAUCGGGAAGAGCUCUAACCUUGUUGUGCCACUCUCAGAUUUACACUCUUCUGUUCAAUCACAGCCCAAGACCAAAGGGUUGAACUUUUCUUGGUUGUUUCCUCGGCUGAAAAAGAAAAACAAGAACGAAUGCUCGCCAAUCAGGACAGAAUCCGAGGAUGUCUCUCAAGUGUACAAGGAUAUAGGGGCGGUAUCUAUUGAAUCGUUGAGGAAAGAGCUCGCGGAAGCGAACGAGAGUCGAGAUGCAGCGUUGAUGGAAGUUGCAGAAAUGAAGUCUUCUAUAGGGGAACUAAGGGCAAAAUUGGAGUACUUGGAGAACUACUGUGAGGAACUGAAGAAGGCUUUAAGGUUAGCAAUUCAAGCGAAGGACUCACAGGUCCCGAUGAAGCUUAAAAAUCUUCCGAGAAGGGGGAAAUCUGGAGACGGGGAAGGAGAAAACUCGAUGCCCGUGAGUGAAGAUGUGAUGUUGGAGGGGUUCUUGCAGAUUGUAUCAGAGGCAAGACUAUCAGUGAAGCAAUUCUGCAAAACUCUUAUCAGGCAGAUCGAAGAAACAGACACUUCUUUAACUGACAACCUAAACCUUCUGCUUCAACCGUAUAAACUAACCCUCAAUUCCAAGUACUCAAAGGCAGUGUUAUACCAUUUGGAAGCUAUCAUAAACCAGUCACUCUAUCAGGACUUUGAGAAUUGCGUUUUCCAGAAGAACGGCUCGCCAAAGCACUUGGAUCCCGAACAAGACCGCCAAGCACAAUUCUCGUCUUUUGUUGCCUUGAGGAACCUAAGCUGGAAUGAAGUGUUAAGAAAGGGGACUAAGUAUUACAGCGAAGAGUUCAGCAAGUUCUGUGAUCAGAAAAUGAGUUGCAUCAUUACGACUCUUAAUUGGAAUAGGCCAUGGCCCGAGCAGCUUCUCCAAGCGUUCUUUGUCUCUGCUAAAUGCAUCUGGCUGCUGCAUUUGCUAGCAUUUUCGUUCUAUCCGCCUUUGGUGAUCCUGAGAAUCGAAGAGAACAGACCUUUCGAUUCUCAUUUCAUGGAGGAUAUUUUCGCGGAUAGGCAAAGAUCGCAAGGUCCAAGCCAGGUAAAGGUCAUGGUCAUGCCCGGGUUUUAUGUGCAGGAUAGAGUACUUAGGUGUAAGGUCAUUUGUAGGUACAAAUCUGCACCCUAAACUAUAUUAAAGAUUGUAUUUUUAGUGUUAUUAUUUACACUCUGUGAUGCAGAAUGUGACACUCUUGCACAUUAGACACAACAUUGCUAGAUGGUGGUUGAAUUGGUAGGUAAUCUAACCUGUAGUAGUUUAAUCUGAUGUUUUUUGUGGAUGGUUGUUGAAUAAAUGAUGGCUUUUGGAUUGUGCAA